AUGGAUCUGCCUGCUUACGUUGAGCGACUGCGUGGCGGCGCCGCGGCCAAGUUUCCAGCAAACGCGAAUUCGCUCGACUUCGCACAAAGGCUCGAUUCGCAAGACAAGCUGAGCCAUCUCCGCUACGACUUCAUCCUACCUACCAAAACCUCCAUCAAGAAAAGCGCCCUCGACGGCACCCUGCCAUCUACCGCCCAGAUAAACGGUGCUGUUGCCAACGGCACCCCGGGAGAAGACCCGGAUGUCGGCAUUUACUUUGUCGGCAACUCGCUGGGCGCGCAGCCCAAGGCCGUUCGCAAGUACAUUGACGCGCAGCUCGAGACCUGGGCCUCCAUUGGCGUCAACGGCCACUUCAAGACAAUGGGCAACUCGCCGCUCGCGCAGUGGCAGGACAUGGCCGAGGACUGCGCCCAAAAGUCGGCCGACUUGGUCGGCGCGUCGCCGAGCGAGAUUGUCAUCAUGAACACCCUGACAAUCAACCUGCACAUGAUGAUGGCCAGCUUCUACAAGCCCGACGCCAAGCGCUACAAGAUUAUCCUCGAGUGGCGCCCGUUCCCGAGCGACUACUACGCCAUCGAGAGCCAAAUCACCUGGCACGGCCUGGACCCGGAGAAGACCAUGGUCAAGGUCGAGCCCGACGAGAACUCGUACAUGGCCACCGAUAAGAUCCUCGCCACCAUUGACGAGCACGCAGAGGAGACGGCGCUCCUGCUGCUCCCGGGCAUCCAGUACUACUCGGGUCAGCUCCUUGACAUGCCCAGGAUCACGGCCUACGCCCGCGAGCGCGGCAUCGUCGUCGGGUGGGACCUCGCCCACGCCGCCGGCAACGUCGAGCUCAAGCUGCACGAUUGGGACGUCGACUUUGCCUGCUGGUGCACCUACAAGUACAUCAAUGCCGGGCCCGGCGCCAUUGCCGGCGCCUUUAUCCACGAGCGCCACGGCCGCGUCGAGUGGGAAGACGGCAGCGACAGGCCCACGUACCGUCCGCGCCUGACGGGCUGGUACGGCGGCGACAAGUCGGUCCGUUUCAACAUGGACAACAAGUUUGUGCCCACGGCCGGCGCCGGCGGCUUCCAGGCCUCCAACCCCUCCGCCCUCGAGCUGGCCAACCUCGCCGGCGCCCUCUCCGUCUUCAACAAGACCACCAUGAAGGACCUGCGCUCAAAAGCCCUCGUGCUCACCGCCUACGCCGAGCACCUCCUCGACGGUAUCCUCGCCGACGCCGAGGACGGCGCAGCAGCAGCAGCACCGCUAUUCCGCGUAUUGACCCCGCGGGAUCCGCUGCAGCGCGGCACGCAGUUGAGCGUCAUGCUGCGCGACGGCUUAUUGGAUGACAUUGCUGCUGCGCUGGAGCUCAAUGGUGUGCUUUGCGACAAGCGCAAGCCAGACGUGAUUCGCGUGGCCCCCGUGCCUCUAUAUUCGCGCUUUGAGGAUGUUUGGAGAUUUAUGCAGAUUCUACGCGGCGCCCUGAAACUAUAG